GAAGUGAAUUGGAGGCUGAGCGCUGAGCGGCGCGUCCUGUCAGUCGCUGCUGAGGAAGAGGAGAGAGAGGAAGCUGCGCUAUAAAAGCCGGAGUCUCCGCGCGGCUCCGGAGUUCGCAGGAGGCGCUCGGAGCGCCGCGGAGCUUCUCUGGGUCUCCAGGCCGGGUUCCGAGUUUCAGGCUGCGGGACGCCGGAUGCCGCGCUUCUCUGCAGCUGUCGAGAUGCUUCCGGCGACCAGGCGCCGCCGCGGGUGAGGAUGAGGAGGAGGAGGCAGGAGCGGGUCUGACUGAGGCUGCGGGACAUGCGGCGUCUUCUCCUCUGGAUGCGGGUUUGAGAGCUUCCCAAGCGGCCAGUCGGAGCUCGAUGAGCGGGGCAGGUGACGGAGGAAGAAGGUGGAGGGAUGGAGCCGCCCGCCAGCUACGGAGGUCUGCUGAACUUCUCCACCAAUGACUCCGACACCAGCGGCUCCUCCAGUGUGGGCCCCCAGGCGGCUCUGGCCGUGACUCUGGGGCUCAUCACCUGCGCCACCACGCUCUCCAACGCCUUCGUCAUCGCCACCAUCUACCAGUCCCGGAAGCUGCACACCCCGGCCAACUUCCUCAUCGCGUCCCUGGCGCUCACGGACCUGCUGGUGUCCGUCCUGGUGAUGCCCAUCAGCGCGCUGUACACGGUGCUGCAGACCUGGCCGCUGGGCCAGGUGAUGUGCGACAUCUGGCUGUCCUCGGACAUCACCUGCUGCACCGCCUCCAUCCUCCACCUGUGCGUCAUUGCGCUGGACCGGUACUGGGCCAUCACGGACGCGGUGGAGUACUCCAAGAAGCGCACGGCGGGACGCGCCGCCGGCAUGAUCGCCACCGCCUGGGUCAUCGCCAUCUCCAUCUCCCUACCGCCAUUCUUCUGGCGCCAGGUGAAGGCGGAGGAGGUGACGAGCUGCAACGUGAACACGGACCACAUCUUCUACACCAUCUACUCCACCUUCGGCGCCUUCUACAUCCCCACGCUGCUGCUCCUAUGCCUGUAUGGCCGGAUCUACGUGGAGGCGCGGAAGCGCAUCCUGAAGCAGGCGCAGUACAAGCAGGGGAAGAGGCUGACCUCUGCGCACCUGAUCAGCAGCUCCCCCGGCUCCGUGGCGUCCACCACCUCCCUGAACUACGGGACGAACGACGCCUCCUCCUGCUGCGACACUACCUCGUCCUCCCCCAGUGUGAGCCAAGUCAAAGUCACCGUGUCGGAUGCGCUGCUGGAGAAGAAGCGCAUCUCUGCGGCCAGGGAGCGGAAGGCCACCAAGACCCUGGGCAUCAUCCUGGGAGCCUACAUCGUCUGCUGGCUGCCCUUCUUCAUCUACACCCUCCUAGUGCCUCUCUGCCAGUCCUGCUUCCACCCAGGGCUGUUCGACAUCUUCACCUGGCUCGGGUACCUCAACUCCCUCAUCAACCCCAUCAUCUACACCAUGUCCAACGAGGAUUUCCAGCAGGCCUUCCACAAACUCAUGCUGCGUUUCAGGUGCUGCAGGGCGUGAGGACCGCUUCCUCCAAAUGGAGCCCAAAAUCAGCCCACAUGUGGGACCCAUACUGGGAUUGUCUGCAGGGUAUGUAACCGUCCAUGGUGGGAAAGGGGGCCCAGCCAGUCCCAUCUGGGUCCCAUGUCUGGGUCCCAUGGGGGCCACAGGUCACAGGCUGGAGGGCUGCAGGACAAGCAUGAGGAUUUUCAGUCUUCAGCGAUCGGUGCUGCUGGAACCCAUCUGACAUUCACAGGUGGGACCCAUCGUCCAAAACUAGGAUUACCUGCAAGCUAAGAGUUAUGGAAGUCUCCAAGGCUUCAUAAUCAAACAGACUGAGUGGUUCCUACCAGCAAGUACACACUGGACCCCUCUGGGCCCCAUCUUCAAGUUGCCCAACACGUUGCUGCAUGUUGUGGAGGACGACAUGCAGAACGACGCAUGUCAGCCUGCAGAGAUCUGUGGGCCCAAGCAGGAGGAAAUGAGCUGGAGGCCAUCAGAUCUAAAGCAGAAGUUUAAUCAAUCAAAAGGUUUUGAAUUUGUUUCUGUUUCUAAAUUUGAACUGAACUGAAGCGAGAAUCGCUUUGUCCGUUUGUUGACGUUCAAAUUCAGCAAAAACAAUUUAGAGUUCACGAUAAUCUUCAUGUUUGCUUCAGAUGGAGAUCGGGUCCAACCAACAUGGUGCCAACGAUUGGACCCACUCGGGUCCCACAGUUCAGUUCAGAAGGUUGCCAUAGCUGGACCCCAUGCCCUGGGUUUGUCCUGUGCAGGGGUUAAAGGUUAAAGGUUAAAGGCUCCAUAAUGAGUUUAACAAGAGGCAACAAUGACCUUCAUGUUAUUGAACUGAGUUCUGAUAAAGCAGCUUCAGUGGGUCCCAUGUUUAGGCCAGGCACAUUCAAAACCGUCCAGGCCCAAACCGAUCCCAUAUGGGGCCCACAUGGUUGGCCGGGACCUGAAUCCCGCACACUGGUUUCACUGGUUUCCCUUCAGGCUCAGAUUGUUCUGAACAACGUGGGGCGGGCUGGGACCCAUCCGUCCUGAUGCUGCAGCAGAAGGAACCAGAAUGACUUGGAGGGCACCCCGGACUGGGCCCCUGAACUCGGACUGGGCCCUCUGACUCAAAGCGGGCUCUCGGACUGAGCGUCCAUUUGUGUUUAAUUUUUCUGACUCAAUCAGAGGAACUGUCGGUACCGGCCCGGCUCACUCAGAACCAGAUCUAGUCGAAUAAAGAGGGUUCAUGUGGCAGGCUCCUCUUGGUUCCUCAUGCUGUCCCAUGAUCCAAAUUCAGAUCCCGAUUAUGAUCCCAAUCCAGAUUCUGAUCCAGAUCGCAAUCCAGAUCCUGAUCCCAAUCCAGAUUCUGAUCCUGAUCCAGAUUCUGAUCCUGACCCCAAUGCAGAUUCUGAUCCAGAUUCUGAUUCAGAUUCUGAUCCUGACCCCAAUCCAGAUUCUGAUCCAGAUCCUGAUCCCGAUCACAAUCCUGAUCCAGAUCCUGAUCCUAAUCCAGAUUCUGAUCCUG